UACAUGACUCAAUAAUUGCAUGCAGGAUCACUUUGGUGACUAGCUGACUUCAGUGUCAUCGCUCGUGCGAAAUUUCUUCCGUGCUCUCUGUCUUCUUCUUCUGCAAAUACCGAAAACCAUUCUUGUUGUUUCUCAGCAUCCAUGAAAGCAAUACAGAUGACAGGACAUUCUGUAAUUCCAUCGUAGAGAAUAUCGAAUCUGAACUUCUACUUCUGCAGGGCCUGGAUUUCAGUUUUUGACAUCUGUAACUAAAAGCGUGUCAAAAUCACGAGUUGGGCUCUUUCUAUUGGAGUUCUAAUUGGCCGCAGGAAUGGAUUCCAGGCGAAAUAAUUUUGUGAGGUUUCAAAGUUGGAGUUCGGAGAAAUCUUCCAGUUUUGAGCAUCAACAUUCCAUGAACGAUCGAAAAUAUUCAAGAAAUAGUUCUAGACCCACAUUUGGCAGAGUUUUUGAGAGGUUUCGGAGAGGAUUUGAGACAAUUAGAAGUUUGAAAAGCAGCCCAAUAAGCAUCCCUUCUGUAGAUGGUCAGCCACGAAAAGAUCACUCGGGUCCUAAGAAGACUAAAAUCUUUGACCCUCAGGAUCAAUUUGUUCAAACAUGGAACAAAAUAUUUGUGCUUUCUUGUGUGGUAUCAGUGGCAUUGGACCCACUCUUCUUUUACACCCCAGUUUUGAAGGUGUAUAAGGAGGAGCAAUGCUUAAGCUUUGAAUCGGACAAAACUCUGGAGAUUAUUGCUUCUGUUCUUCGUUCAGUCACAGAUGCUUUUUAUGCAAUACAUAUAUACUUUCAGUUUCGAACUGGGAUUAUCCCACCUUCUUCUCGUCAUCAUGUGUUUGGAUGGGGAGAGUUGAUUGUUGAUCCCAAGGCAAUCGCAAAGAGAUAUCUGUCCACAUACUUCAUUAUCGACAUUCUGGCAAUCCUUCCCUGCCCACAGGUGGUAGUACUUUUAGCGUCGAAAAAGGAAACGCCAAUGGUGACGAAGGAAUUGUUGAAGUUAGUAAUUUUCUCCCAAUAUGUGCCGAGGCUUUUACGGAUCUACCCACUAUAUGUAGAAGUAAUUAGGACCUCUGGCAUUCUGACUCGGACAGCAUGGGCUGGAGCUGCUUAUAAUCUUUUCCUCUACAUGCUAGCCAGUCACGUAGUUGGAGCCUUUUGGUACUUGUUUGGCAUAGAUCGACAGAAUGCUUGCUGGCAGACAAGGUGCAGUAAGAGUAGUACAGGUUGUACAGAUCAAGAGCUUUACUGCGGUGUUCUAGAUUUUGACCGGUCCGUACUUGGCUAUCUUAACCGUUCCCAGUUCCAACGUGGCUAUUUCGGAGAUAUUAGUAAGGAAUGUCUUAUUGUCGAACAAGAUGAUAAUAAGGAAAACUCAGCUAAUGAUCCGUUCGACUAUGGAAUAUUUACUAAAGUUUUGAAGUCUGGAGUGGUGGCCGAAUCAAAUAUAAGAAAGAAAGUGUCUUACUGCUUCUGGUGGGGUUUGCGUAGUCUGAGUUCUCUUGGCCAAAGCUUGGAAACAAGUACAUAUUUCUGGGAGAUAGUCUUUGCUGUUUCCAUAGCCAUCGCUGGGUUGGUAUUAUUCUCGUUACUUAUAGGCAAUAUGCAGAAAUAUCUGCAAUCCACAACAGUGAGAGUAGAAGAAAUGAGAGUAAGGAAGACUGAUGCUGAACAGUGGAUGUCCCAACGUAUGCUACCUGAAAACUUAAGGGAGCGGGUUAGACGAUAUGAACAGUACAAGUGGCUAGAAACAAGAGGUGUGGAUGAAGAGAAUCUCUUCCGUAACCUUCCUAAGGAUCUCAGAAGGGACAUAAAGCGCUAUCUUUGCCUGGAUCUUCUUAAGAAGGUGCCCAUGUUUGCAAAGAUGGAUCAACAACUGUGGGAUCCGCUGGUUGAUCGUCUCAAGCCAGUACUUUACACACAAUUCAGCUACAUUGUUCGUGAAGGGGAUCCAGUGGACGAGAUGCUCUUUAUCAUGCGAGGAAAGCUAGCCACUUUCACUACCAAUGGUGGAAUAACUGGUUUUUUCAACACAGCUGAUCUUAAAGCCGGCGACUUUUGUGGAGAAGAGCUUCUUACUUGGGCCCUAUAUGACCAGUCCUCGACCACAUUCCCCCAUUCAACAAGAACAGUGGAGGCAAAAACAGAGGUUCAAGCCUUUGCUCUAAUGGCCGAGGAUUUGAAGACUGUGGCUUCUCAGUUUCGGAAACUUCACAGCAAAGAGUUGCAACACACUUUCAAGUUCUACUCCCAACAAUGGAGAACAUGGGCGGCCUGUUUUAUCCAAUCAGCUUGGCGCCGCUACUCUAAGAAAAAACAUGAGAGGGCUUUGCGUGAUGCUGAAAAUAGACUGCAAUUUUCUUUGGCAAAUGAAGCUGGGACCUCGGCAAGUCUCGGUGCAACUAUUUAUGCAUUAUGGUUUGCUGCCCAUUUACUUCGAGCCUUGCGACGACCAAAGGGUGGACGCACCAGUACCAAAGCGCCACAAAGAGUGCUACAGCUAAUGCCACCGAAGCCUGCUGAGCCAGAUUUCAGUGCUAAUCAAGGUCAAUAAUUAGUAGUAUAUAUGGCGUUUGAAGUGAUUAUCACGCAAGUUUAGUUUUCAUGAACAUUGUUCAUGUGCAAGCAUUUUCUGUAUAUGGGCCGGAUGUGGUGUGUAACAUGUACUAAGGAAACUUCCAUCUUUAAAUUUUACAGCCAUGUGUUCAGGUGU